ACAGCUGAUAGCAUUUGUGGAAUACGGCCAUUAGGUAUCAUUUAAUGAUCAAGUGUAUUAGCGAGUUAUAUUGUUAUUAAGGGACGGAUGGCUACGGCUCUAUAUUUUCUGGGCCGUGCGGCGGUGAAUACGCUAUUAAAGUCCAGCGAAGUCGCCCUCGCACCUGCAGCUGUCCGUCUGCAGAAUCAAACAAGAAGCAAUCAUAUUGAUUUUAAAAAAAUUAAUGUUGAAAAAUUAGAUGAAUCACAACUGACCGACUUUGAAGUAUCAACAGAUCCUAAAGAAUGGCAGUUUGUGGAGAGAAUAUUACCAUUAAAAACUGUGCCAUACCCUAAAAAAUUUAAUGGACCUGCUCCAUCAGGAUGGGUGCCACCCAAAGAAGAAGCCCGUGAGCUACCUUACUUCAUUCAAAGAAACAAAAACCACAUGCAACCAGUGUAUUUGGAGCUUUCCUACAGAAAUUCGAGAAAAAUUACGUGCAUAAGAUUAAUUCAAGGAGACAUUUGGCAAUUAGAAAAGGACAUCAAAAUGUAUCUUCAGAAGAAAUCAAAAAAUAAACAUUUGAAAGAGGCGGGUAGCAGGGUUAGUGAAAUUGCAGGCACUAUAAAAUUUCGCGGAGACUAUGUAUCUCUUGUAAAAGCAUGGAUGGACAUGAAAGGAUUUUAAAUUUUGUUUAUUCUUUUGGUAUUCCUUGAAUAUGUUUCCUAGUUUGUAAAUAAACUGCUUUUGUUUUGAUACA